CGCUCUCCAGCAAGCGAGGCUUUUGGCCAGCGGGCAAAAAAGACUGCAGUUCCCAUCAUCCUGGUCCGCAAGCAGCCCACGUCGGGCUGCUUUUUUGGGGGGGCGGGGGGGGAACAAGGAGCUUUUUUUUUUUUUGGUCUUUUCUUUCCGUGCAACGGACAGGAAAGAGCUUCGCCGUCCUUUUCGUGGCGAAGGCGAAGGGUUAAGGGCGUCGUACGGCAUUUGCAAAGCGACAAGGACCCUCACAUUUUAUUGAUCUUGCAGUUUUGAAGAAAGGCCUCCAUGCAAAGGCUGGUGAUCUUAGAGGCUGAAGAAGUUGGUUGUUCUCCAAAAUCAAAGCCAGAGGGCCCAAUGGAAGGAAGUCAUGUUGGAGAGCAAUGAAACUGUCACUUCUGUGGGUGAUUGGCAGGACACUGAAAGUUACGAAGAAUGCUCUAUGGAGUCAUCAGAAACAACCAGCCCUGAAGCAGGAAAGGAGACCUUCCUAAAUCCAAAAGAGCCUCCCAAAUCAUCAACGAACAAGAAGAAACCUUCCACCUUUCAGGAUGCCGACAUCCACGAUCUCCUGGUCCCGCAGGAGGGUCACCAAGGGAAGUGGAGGAUCCAGUGUCCCGUGUGCGGGAAGAUAUGCAAAUAUAAAUCCGACUUCAACCGGCACCGGGUGACCCACACGGGGGAGAAGCCGUAUCGAUGUACCGAGUGCGGAAAGAGCUUCAGCGACAGCGGGACUCUGACCGCGCAUCAAAGAACCCACACGGGGGAGAAACCGUACAAAUGUACCGAGUGCGGGAUACACUUCAAUCGGAGCGGGAGCCUCAAGAGGCACAAGAGGACCCACACAGGGGAGAAGCCCUAUCAGUGCCUGGAAUGCGGCAAAUAUUUCAGCCUGAAGUCGAUCCUGACUACACAUCAGAGAACCCACACGGGGGAGAAACCCUUCAAGUGCAUGAACUGUGGGAGGAGCUACAGUCGCAAGGGCAGCCUUGAUAGGCACCAGCGGGAUCACCCAGGGGAGCAGGCCUACAUCUGCGCGGAAUGCGGGAAAAGCUUCGUGGUCAGCGAUAACCUUCCUGCCUACCGAAAUCGCUCCACGGGGGACCAACCCUAUAAAUGCCUUGAUUGUGAAAGUCGAGUGAUCAACUUGGUCUAGUUUUGAGGCCUGCUCUCAAAGGUCCAAGCUCCAGAUCGAAACCAAAAUCAGGACGCGACUCGCUCUGGAUUCCCAAUGGUUUAUUAAGCCGAACAGCUGAUUCCGACUAACUACACUCCGGACGAUGAUCAGCUGAUCGUCAGCCGGCUUGCAGUUAGUCAGAAUCGGCUGUUUGUCGGCAUUGCUUGCAGCCUCCGAUGCUCGCCAGUCCAAUGGCCUUCGGGACGUUCGUCCCACCACCCACCUCCGUUUUGGGGUGUGACACCUGCUCUGAGAAGGGGGAAGCCCUCCGAAGGAACAGAGAGAGACACCUUGUAACCUUGUAUGGGAUAACCUGGUACGGGAAACCAAAACACCCCCCUUCCCCCCCCCCAGGGCGCGACUUGAAAUCUUUGGAUGAAAUCUUUGAGAAGGCUUUGGGUGCGAGUGGCAAAUGGCCUUUCCGUCGAAGGGCUCCUACAGGUAGUCCUCAACUUACAACAGUUCAUUUAGUGACCACUCGAAGUCCUGGAAAAAAAGUGACAGGACC